AUGAAUCCGAUUCCCCCGUCAUACGAGUCGGCGACAGACCGAGAUGCAUGGGUGAUAAUUGCCCACUACAUACCAUCCAGCGAUCUAUGCGCUGCUUCACUAGUUAGCCAUCGAUGGCACGAUCUCUUUGUGCCUUUUCUGUGGGGCGAUCCUGCCUCUCAUUUCGGCACGGACAAUGAUGCUGUUUAUGUGGCCCUUACGCGGUUCAGAAGAACUCUCAAAUAUGCCAGACCAGAAGUGCGAGCUUUGACACAUACGCUUCACCUUCCGCCUGCGCUAUCGGAGAUCUAUGGUGGCCCACGACCAGGAUGGCUGCGCGACAUUCUAGAGUACUUACCUUGCUUGCAGUGCUUGAUGGUAUCGAAGUUACCUUUCUUCGACCACAAUGCCAUGGUUGCACUCAAGAGCCACCAAUAUAUCCAAUAUAACGUUCGUCUUCUGCUUGCAGACCAUGAGCCAAACACUACGUCUUCGGGCCUAGCGGAAACAAUUGUGCGGUUUCCUCUAUUGACUUACCUGGAUCUCUCAUACACAAAAUCAUCAAGAGAUCGCAGUGUAUUAUCUUCAAUCUCACAGCUAGAACAUCUACAAGUACUCAAGUUGCGCGGUAUAGGCCUGAAGGAUAACGACGCUGAAUUCCUUGCCAACGCAAUCGGGACUCGCGUUCGUUUUCUCGACUUGAGGAAUAAUUUACUCACUGAUAUGUCUGUCCGCUCUCUGCUACAAGCUUCUUUUCAUCCUCCUGGUCAGUCAAUACAGCAACCUUCGAGGCGGACUGGUACCUCCCCCGACCCAUUCUCUCAAUUCAUAAGAAUGGGUGAAUCCGACUUCUUGAAAUCCCCGCUGUUGGAUGAGCAGAUCAUCAAGUUCUUGGCUCAGCCGAUCUCAAACAAUCCUUGGAUUGAGGACCUUCCGCAUACCGGUGUCACGCACCUUUAUAUCGCAAACAAUCAAAUCACCGUUGAAGGCGUAGCUAGCCUUCUAGCUAGCUCCCGGCUCCAUGCUCUCGACGCUGGAACUGUGCAUACAGCUGAUCUCAUACACACGAAGACUCUAUCACAAAAGGCUGGGAGGUAUCCAGGAGCGGAAAAGCUUGUCCCUCUUUUAGGUAACUUGGCUGGGGUAAAUUUGACGUACUUCCGAGUGAAUCAUGCUGUUCUUACCGCAGAGCCACCAGCAAAGGAUGCUGCAUCAACAGCUGAAUUUCUACCAGAGCUUCCAUCUGAUGAUGUCAGUCGUGAAGUCGAAUUGGACGCCAGCCAAGAAGUUCAUGAAAUGGCUGGAGACGAACUGCCCGUUUUCGAAUUGGCGGACACCUCAACAUUUGAUGCUUCAAGCUCUAAAGAAACCAUCACUCUAGCUCGACCCCGUCAUUCGGCAUCUUACGAAGACGAGGCUAUGCCAUCAGUCAGACGGGGCUCUGCUUUCGCCCCGGAAGUCAUCUCAUCAAACCGACAUGAAGUGGCUAACAACGACUCUGCGAGCUUGAGCCACAGCGUGUCCUUGGGCUCAAAUGGAUGGGGCAUCCGACGGGAGAACACGAUGUCGUCAAUAUCAAUCAGUGCUUAUGGUGACUCAAUGAAUCCCGACUCUUUAGGUCCUAUAGCGCAGUGCAGCUCCCCGAUAUCAGGAGAUGAUCCUCGCGCCCAAAGUAUACAAGAACUACUUUCCAAGCGUCCGCGAAAUCAAUCGAUCCCCCUUCGAGGUGGGAAGGAAAGUCGAUUCCCAUACCUUCAUCCGUCUCACAUUCCACACCUGGAGACCCUGGUCUUGACAGAUGUCCCGUCACAUAUCCCACCCAACUCCCCAGUACUAUACACCCUCAAACGGUUUAUCACGGCUUGUUCCAAUGAAGCGCUACUUGCGACACUACAGGCGGGCUCGGACUACUCGCUUCCACCAGGCAAAGCCCGACUACAAGCCGAGCAACAACGAUCUCGCUCUUUGUUCGGCCUACGACGAAUCAUCCUUGAGAUUACACCUACCGACAUAUGCACUCGACUUACCACUUGGAAGCCCGCCAGUCAACAUAACGGUAUAUCUAACUCGAGCACCGGCGAUCGUGACUCGGAGAAUCUCUGGGAAGCAGCAACAGAAGACUUUAGUUUCUUUGGCGAAGAGGAGUGCGGUAUUCCCGAAAAUGACCCGGGCAAAUACUUCCCCAUGGCCGUUCUGAAUGAGAAGGUCUCACUCAUGCAUUCGGAUGAUGACUCCACUUACUCCGGCAAGGAAUCUCCCUUGCCUCGUGGUGUCUCGCGGCAGGGUAUGGCCUCUGUUCCGGGGCGGACUCCUAGCCCCUCGGGCCGCGAGGGAAGCCCAGAGGGCGAACUAAUUCAGAACGUUGACGUGGUUGCCGAACUUGCUGCUUUCCGCCGAACAAAGAAAGCGGAAUAUGAGCAAAUGGUGCGGCGGGAGAGAGGACGACGGAGCACGAUGGGCAGUGGUAUAUCCAGUUUUCUGCCUGUGUCUGCACCUCAGAUCUCCAUGGCGCAUUUCGUUGAGGGUCAUUGGAAGGGCGAAGUCAAGGUGGUACGGAACCCAACGCCAAAGGGUCGCACUGGGACGGUGGAUAUGUAUGGCAACUAUUUUGAGAAGGGAUAUCUAUACCCAUGA